AUGACACCAUCAGGGCCAUGGGCAGCCUGGCGUCGACACAGGCCUACGGAUGAGCACGAGGCGUGGGUUCAUGAAGAAGAGCUUCUACCAGAAUUCCUUCAGGCUUGGUAUUUGCUGGCUGACGCAGGACUCAAUGCUCAAGAGAGAAACAUGAUCCAGACGGCCAUUGGUGAAACAUAUACCAUCCAGCGGAUGUCACAAGAGUUACGCGCACAAUGGCCAGAAGAUGAUCUCCAACGAAAUCAGCUACCACAACCUAGAGCCUCAGGAUACUGGCAUGAGAGAAAGGAAGACUCAGAAGACGAUGAGACAGAGGAGGCAAUGACCUCAGCGGCAGCGUUGAUUGCCAAUGGCAUGAAUGAAGAGGGCAUCGCACUGAUGACCGCAGCAGUGGAGGCCGAAGAAGAGGCACCUCGGCGAGACCAGGCACAUCAUGCGCAGGAGGAAGCACCAUUUGUGCGUUUCUCGGACCUCCAUGAGAUUGACGAAGACGAUGGCUACUUCACAGCAGAUGAAGGUUGUGAGAACUGUGAGACUGAGUACCACCACGGUGACCUCCAGGAGAUUGAGAAUUACACCACUACGGGGGAAGAGACAAUGACCUGCCAGCAGACCAGCUGGAGCCUAU